CAUAAUGUUUCUUUUUGGGACGUGUUCUACAUCGGUAUGUUUUUUUGAGUACGGCAAUACGAACAUUUCGUCUUCAGAGGCUCAUGACACGCGCUACACAGUGUAACACCCCGGCUUGGUUUGUCCAAGAAUGCCGUGUCACUAUCAUCUAAUGGGUAAACAGAGGUCUGCUCAAGCUCAGUCUUGGAUUAAGAACGCGCAGCAUGCACUUUACACCCUCUGAUGGACAAAGUGAGUGGGACUGUAACAGUCGAUCAUUUUAAGGACGCGUGGCACAUCUAUAGCAUCUGCACUACUGAGGACAGAGGGGUGUUAAGAGUGUAUUUGUGAAAAUGAACGGUCAGGCCAAAAAUCAUGGAGAUCUUAACGACGAAAACAGAACCCUGGUGAACCAGGAAUCACCAGAUCAGAGGAAGAACAGCGGAACAAAAGCUGCUGACGCCACGAAUGAAUUGUACCCUGAGAUUCACCACUUCGAUGAGGUUUUGCAACAUAUUGGAAAUGCUGGUCCAUACCAAGUCAGGAUAUAUUUCUUACUGUGUAUGGUGGCCGUAGUGGAAGCCCUAACAGCAUAUGCGAUAGUUUUCAUUGAAGAAACACCGAAGCACAGAUGUCAGGUACCGGGGCUUGAUAAUGACACAUGGGUUAUUCAGGGACCUGGCCACGAGGCACUUAUCAAUGCUAGCAUACCUCGGGACAGGCGAGGGAAGUAUGCCGAGUGCACAGUGCGGACCAGCAACGGGACCGAAGUGAAAUGCUCCAAUUGGGUCUAUGAUACAUCUACAUUCACAACUACAUAUCCCUCCCAGUUUAAUUUGGUCUGCGAUAAAGCCGAAUUGCUAUCUGUGACUUCGAUGGUUUUCUUUGGUUCCGCCUUGGCGGGGGGACUGUUUCUCGGGAUAUUGUCCGACACGGUUGGUCGCAAGACCACGCUGGUGAUUGCAUUACUGGGACAGGGAAUCACCGGGGUUGUAGCCAUAUUUGCUCCCACCAUUGAAGUAUACAUGAUCAUACGAUUCCUGCUUGGAGCGUUUUCUUCGGGAAUUUUCAAUCCUUGUUUUACUUUAGCUUUGGAAUUUUAUGGUCCGAAACAGCGCAUGGUGGCCGGUUCGGUGAUAAAUUUCUUCUGCGCCACUGGUGGGCCACUAACGACGCUCCUGGCUUACUUUCUACGAGAUUGGAGACACUUCCAGCUGGCAGUAACGCUGCCUACGUUUUUAGUACUCGUAACAAUGUGGUACGUUCCUGAAUCUCCGAGAUGGCUUCUGAGCAGAGGAAAGAGGCGCAGAGCUGAGAAAAUUCUGAGAACUGCUGCGAGAGUGAAUGGACGGGUUUUGGCGCCAAAUGUGUUAAAUAAUGUUGUCAUCGAAGAAGAGUCACCUAGCGUUAGUUUCCGGGAACUUUUCCGCGCGCCAAAAGUAAUCUUAAGAAUGCUGAUGUUGUCCUAUGCUUGGUUAAUAGUAGACACUACAUAUUAUGGAAUAGGACUUCAUACGGGAAAUCUUGGAGGCGAUAUAUUUGUGAACUACCUUUGUCUGGGUUUAAUUGAAUACCCAGCCUUCGUUAUCUGCUUUACCAUAGACAGAUUCGGGCGCAAAAAGCCUUAUAUUCUCUGCAUGCUUCUUGGUGGACUCGCGUGUGUCUGCUCUAUCUUUGUGGAAUUGUACGCAAAUGAAGAAUUAAAAUGGUUACAUGUAGUACUCGCUGUGGCUGGGAAGUUUGGAGCAGCUGCAGUGUAUGGUAUUCAUUUCAUAUGGGCUGCCGAAAUCUAUCCCACUGUGAUCAGGAACUUUGCGAUGGGGGUUGGAGCCACAGUUGCUAAUAUAGGGACAAUGGUUUCCCCAUUCAUUGUGAGGAAUAUAAAAGUCGACUCUAUUGGUCCAAGCACAAUUCCAAUGAUAAUAUUUGGGGCGGCCAGUAUUUCAGCUGCUAUCUUAGUUGGGUUUCUCCCAGAAACAACGAACAUCAAUCUACCUGAAACUCUCGAGGACGCCCAAAACUUGGGAAGAAAGCAAUCUACACAUAAGAAAAAGAUACGACAUGACGAAGAUAAGGAUCUGAUAGCGCAAAAAGAAACUCAACUCUAAUGUGCGUUAACGCCUUGAAAGAAAGAAUAUAAUUCCAAAGACGCCAUUCAGACAAUUAAUGACAAUUCACUGUGGACAUAGAAUGUUUUUGAAAUACCUUCUUAGGACCUUAUCGUUUCAUUUAUGUAAUUAAAUGUUUAGAGUUCGAAAUGAUGUCGAUGACAUGUUGUUGACGAGAACGUGCCUUACUUGCGCAACUGUUAUAUAGCGACUGCACAUUGCAAUCUAGACUUGUGUUAAAUAGUUUGAAGGAAAAACUGUUUCUAAGUAUUGUCUGUAUCAUAUUAUAUACUUGUUUGUCAUAACUUAUUAUUCAAUAAAA